GCGUACGUUCCGGUCCAUUUCGUUGACAUUGGGACCGAAGAGGAGAAGACGGAGUGUGACUUCUGUUAAUGGAACAUCUCACCUUCAGUGAACGUGAUGAUUCUGAGAGCUGACAAUCUUCUGAACUUGACAGCAGGAUGGGAGCCUCUGUGUCCACACCUGCUGCUGCCACUGUCCAGGCAGAGGCUGUGAUGGCCACGCCCCCUCAGAGCUGUCCAAUGCACCACCAAGCCCCACCCACAAAAGAGUGUCUCGUGAAGCAGACUGAGCCCGUCAAAGCAUCUCCUCCAUCAGAGUGUCCAAUGCACAGAGCCGAGGCGGGUCCGGCCCACCAGGACCGGGCCUAUGAGUUUGUGGAGUGUCCCAUGAAAGCUGCAGCGGACCUGAAGAGCGACAUCGAUCCAGCAAACAUGAUGCCUCCUCCAAACCAAACUCCAGCUCCAGACCAGCCCUUUGAACUGUCCAUUUCUAGACAAGAGUCCAACAUUCCCCGACACAACACGGACAAAAACUGGGUUUAUCCGUCGGAGCAGAUGUUCUGGAACGCUAUGCUGAGAAAAGGGUGGCGCUGGCGAGAUGACGACCUGGCUUCUAAUGACAUGAGCAACAUCAUUAAGAUCCACAACCAGAACAACGAGCAGGCCUGGCAGGAGAUCCUGAAGUGGGAAGCCCUGCACGCACGCGAGUGUCCAUGUGGACCCACACUCAAGAGGUUUGGUGGGAAGGCCAAAGAGUUCUCCCCCAGGGCCCGAUUCCGCCACUGGAUGGGGUACGAGCUGCCUUUCGACCGUCACGACUGGAUCGUGGACCGCUGUGGGAAGGAGGUGCGCUAUGUCAUCGACUACUACGACGGGGAGGUGGACAAAGACACGUUCCAGUUCUCCGUCCUGGACGUGCGUCCUGCGUUUGACUCCUUAAAUGCCGUGUGGGACCGCAUGAAGGUGGCCUGGUGGCGCUGGACCUCCUAACACGUGGGGAUCAGGACUCACAAAGACUGCAGAGUGUAGGUCUGCUGAAAGAUCAAACUACGCCUAAAAGAACCAAUAAACUGUAGCAGUUCUGGUUUCAGUCAUGGUUUGUCCUUCAGGUCACGUGACUGCUCCAUACGUUUCCUUGCAUCAGGUUUGAACAGCAUGAUGACGUCAUAGUGAUGUCAGAAACACGAGGCACCGUCACGGCGUGAAUCUGAGCUCAACAGUAACGGGUCUCAUGUGGUUCUAAAGGUUCUGACCGGGUGGAUGUUCAGGGUCAGACCUGAAAGAGGAAUUUAAACUCAGUCACUUCGUGUUCACUUUUAAUUUAUUGUUUCUCCAUGUGAGCACGCAGACUCCAUGUUUCUCAUCGUCAGUAAAGUCCUUUCACUCAUUUGUUGUUUGUUUGUUUUUAACUACAGUUUACACUGCAACGAUACUAAUAACCAGAAAUCUGUUUUUAUUAGUGAGACUUUUUAAACGUGUUUCUCAGAUCAAACUUGAUCCAGU